CCUCGCCCGACUCCUCUACAUGCCGGCCUUUCUUGCCCACUCAAGCCCCCUCACGCCAGCCCCUCUCCCCCAUUACCCACGACCGGUCUCACCAACACGGCCCCACACUUGCUGUCCCCUCACACCUCCUCGCCUACCAAGCCUCCACGCCACAAGCCCUUACCCGGCGGCCAUCCCCUAUGCCCACACACGACGGCCCCACUCUAGCCAAUAGCUCCAGCCUCGAUUCUAGCUCGUAG